AUGUCGUCCGAGAAGCCGCUGAUCCUCUACACUGGCCGUACUCCCAACGGAUACAAGGUAUCAGUUUACCUUGAGGAGCUCAAGGAGACCUACGGCGGCCCCGAAUAUGAUGUCUUUGGUAUCGAGAUCUGGAAGAACAUUCAGAAGGAGCCAUGGUUCAUCAAGCUGAACCCGAACGGCCGUAUCCCUACUAUCACCGACCGCUCGCGCAACAACUUCAACGUCUUCGAAACGGCUGCGAUCUUGCUCUACCUCGCCCAGCACUACGACAAGGAGAAGAAGUUCACCUUUGAUCCUGAGAAGGAGGCAGACGACUAUAGCGAGAUGCUACAGUGGAUCUUCUUCGCCCAUGGUGGUGUCGGCCCGAUGCAGGGACAGGCCAACUUCUUCACGCACUACGCACCCGAGAAGAUUCCCUACGCCAUCAACCGUUACGUAAACGAGGCGAAGCGCCUCUUUGGCGUCCUCGAGAUUCGCUUGAAAGACCGCGACUACCUCGCCGGUCCUGGCCGCGGCAAGUACUCGAUCGCGGACAUCAACGUGUGGCCCUGGAUUCGCAUCCAUGCGUACUCUGUCGUUGACACUCUGGAUGAGUGGCCUAACCUGAAGGCGUGGAAGGAGCGCAUCGCUGAACGCCCCGCCGCGAAGAAGGGCAUCGAAGUCCCGGUGGAGAACUUCGAGCAGGGCUUGCAGAACAAACCUAGCAAACUGUGA